GCCGCCGGCCGAGUGGCAUGUCGCUGAGGGUGCCGCACUGGUGGAGGCAGGCAGCAGGCAGUUUGACGCUGGAGCUGGGGCCGGGCGGGGUGGUUUGAGUUGUCGCCGACCCGUGUGUAUUUUCCGCGGUGCAUUUUGGUGAGGUUUUGUCGCCGGCGGCGUGCGUGUGUUUCGAUACGAAUGCGAUCUUCUUGGUGGUUCGUUUCGACGGUCGGUCCUGCCGGAGAGGAAGAAGAGGGGUCACCCCGCUGAAGAGGAAGAGUUGUCGUCGUGCUGCAGAAGGACAAGAAAAGAGUCGCCGUUGCUGGAGAAGGAUAGGAGUCGCCCGCCCUGCCUCCCCUUGGCGUCCGGUCCCCUCUUUUUGCCGGUCUUCCCUUGUCCGGCGGCCGAGCGAAGGGACAGAGAUUGAUUCAAGAGCCAAUCGCACAUUCAGUCCCCCCGCGGGGCGCUGCCCUGCGCCACGCCGCCGAGGUCGAGGCCCGGGGGCCCCCGCCGCCGCCGCCCGCUCGCCACCCAGACCGAGGGAGGACUCCUCCCGGAGGAGGGCCCCAAGGACCCGAACCCGAACCCAAACUCCUGCGGUUCGCGCGAUCCUCCUCGAGGCCCGCCGCCAGCACCACGGACCCGACCGCGACCGCGAGAUCGGCAUCCUGAUCGCAGCGCCUACCCAGAGGGCCGAUAGGACCAUGAGGGCGACGCUCGUGCUCGCGAGCCUGCUGGUGCUCCUGCCCGUCAUGGGCAGUGCGUGCUUCCGCACGCUGCACAGGGCGCCCUACGAGACGUACUGGUUGGGCACUUACUAUGAAAGCCGUUUCCUAAGCGUGACUUGUUUCGUCCUGAGAGGAUUCCGAUGGACCCUGAAGUUCAUCAAAACGACGUAUGAAGGCUGGCAUGUAGAGAUGGAGUAUGCCAAGUGUAUAUCAGACACCUAUGGCAUGAACAUCCCUUUCUUCUCACCUCCGUGGGGCAAAAAUGCGAGGAUGAUGACCGACUACUCUGCUGCACGGAGUGAAGCCGUGGACUGGCUAUCUGAAGUACCGCCACCAAGACAGCACUUCCCAGACAUACCGCAACUAACUAAAAAUGAUGUGGAACAACUUAUUACUUCAUUGCAGCCAUGGUUUCCAACGAAUGACAAGAUCCCAGACAUUCAUUCAAGCUCCAUUGCACUUAAAGACGACGGGUCAACACAGGAAAUUGUAAGGAUAGCAAACUCCCUUUAUCAAAUAUUUCUCUCUGUUCUGAAGGAGAUAGAAAGCCUAUUUUCAAGAACAUUAGGUGUCGGACUCUUCUCCUGCACCAGGAAGUAUGUAAGAAGUGCAUUCUGGAGAUGGGUUGACUCAGCUCCAUUUUAGAGGUGAUAAGAAUGUCUUAUAAAAACUGGAUAUGAUCUUCUUGUUGUACUAGUCAUGCAUGAUAGUUGAAUGAUGUAAGAAUAUACAAAACGUGAGGUGUAUAUAUGUGAUACAGGGCAGUAGCUUUUAGCCUAAAACAACUUUCAUUUUUUAUAAAUAGACUUCAAUUUAAUAAUAGAGUUGAAAUAAACUUUGAUAUUUCUUGGAUAA